CCCGUUGGCGGCGGUCAGUCAUACGCAGGUAGUAUAUAUACGAACACUGCACGCGCGGCGGUCAAGUAGAUAUAAUAUUGUUUAGUACAAAAAAAUAUAUAUUUUUAAUUUUUUUCGUGAGAAUUUUUUAAGUCGUUCCCACAGUAGUAUUGUAUUAGUCUCACCGAAGAAACCGACUGUGUCGAUCGUAUAACGUGUGGUGUACAGAGUAAGAAACACAACAUGAACAAAUUCGUGUCUUUAGCGUUUGCACUUGUCGCCACCGCUGCCCUGGCUGUGGCCGCACCGAAAGACAAGCCCGAGCUGAGCAAUGAAAUCAUUCCGCCGGUAGACUUCAAGAAGAACGGAGAAUCCGUAUCGGCUUCGUGGGGUGGAUUCCAGGCUGCCGCUGGACUGUCCGACACGGGCGCCAUCGCUACGGCCGGAGGUAACGGGUUGGGUGCCGGAGCUGGUUACGGUGCAAGUGGCGCAGGAGCUGGGGCAGGAUACGAUGUAACCGGAGCGGGUGCCGGCGUAUCGAGCUCCGGAUCCGGAUACGGAACUGGAUCUGGAUCCAGCGUUGGAAUCGUGAGCAGCAAACCGGGACACCACAAUAGUGCGGUCCAAGGAAACGGAUUUUUCGACAGAAUAUUCGCCGUAAGUCAUACCAAUAUCCCCAUCAACGUAUUGCAAUCCGUCAACACUUACCUGAACCAAAAGCCACAAGGAAACCGCAAAGCCGUGGUGUUCAGCGAAAACGGAGCCAACGGAGGAAGUGCCUUCGUGGCGACCGGAGGAGAAUCCGGCAAGGUACCCCAGGCAGGUGCAGCUUCGGCUUCCGGCUUUGACUAUGGACAACAACCGUCGAAUGGUGGUGCAAGUGGCGCUGGAUCCGGUGCAAGUGGUGCUGGCCCCUCAGGACCGAAGAACUACGAUCAAGUGUUCAACAUUCCCAUCUCAGCCUUGAGAUCAGUACAGAACCUUCUCAACGGUUAAGUUGGAGUGUAUUGCGAAUUAAGAAAUAGCGAGACCACCUACAUUAAAUUUAAAUUAUCCCAAAACAAAAAAAAAUGUUAAUUUUUUUAUUUCACGACGUUAUAAUCAAAUAAUUUUAAGAUCAUUAUAGUUUUAAGAUAAUUUAUAUUUUUUAAUAAUAAUAAUAAUAUACCAAUUAGUAUAUUAUACUA